UGAAUCAUCCUGAUGUGUCAAUCACCUUAUUCUAUCUGCAGACAAUUGGGAAGAAGUUACCUCCAGCUACAUCAACUCCAGACCCAUCGAAGACAGAGAUGGACAGCAGGACAAAGACCAAGGAUUACUGCAAAGUAAUAUUUCCAUAUGAGGCACAGAAUGAUGACGAAUUGACAAUCAAGGAAGGAGAUAUAGUGACUCUCAUCAAUAAGGACUGCAUCGAUGUAGGCUGGUGGGAAGGAGAGCUCAAUGGCAGACGAGGAGUGUUUCCUGACAACUUCGUGAAGUUACUUCCACCAGACUUUGACAAGGAAGGGAAUAGACCCAAGAAACCGCCACCUCCAUCGGCUCCUGUCCUCAAACAAGGGGCAGGUACCACAGAGAGAAAACAUGAAAUUAAAAAGAUACCUCCUGAAAGACCAGAAACACUUCCAAACAGAACAGAAGAGAAAGAAAGACCAGAGAGAGAGCCAAAACUGGAUUUACAGAAGCCCUCUGUUCCUGCCAUCCCACCUAAAAAGCCUCGGCCACCUAAGACCAAUUCUCUGAACAGACCUGGUGCGUUGCCUCCAAGAAGACCUGAGCGACCAGUGGGUCCACUGACACACACCAGGUACUGCCAUGUUCCCACAAAGGGGCAUGGGAUGAUCACAGGAAUUGGCCAAGGGAUGGGAAUCGAGCUUUGUCUAAAGAUUCCAGCCAUUUUUUCCAGUGAGGAAGUGGUUGCAAGAGCAAGCACAGUGUGGGUUUCAGGGUCAAUAGAUGAGAACUGGCACAUGUCGCCCAGAGCCUGCUCAAAGCCAGGGCAUUUUCCUGGGAUUUGUCAGAACAAGGCUAGCUGCCUUGCAGACUGGAGAUGUAGGUGGUAUACUCUUCUUCAUCUCCUAGAUGACAUCUUUGCAUGCCUCUCUUAUGGCUAUGUCUUCUAAAUCCAGCUAUUCUGU